UCAAGUCCUCUGCCUACCUAGAACCCUGUGAAACAAUGAAAUAUCACUCUCACCCAGAGAAUCUGGAUGAAGACGGAUAUACUCAAUUAGACUUCAGCACUCGCCACGUCCACAGAAGACCUGUGCAAUCAGAGAAAGAAAGCCAGGCGUCAACUACCCCCUGGCGGCGCAUUGUGGUGGUUUUGGGAAUCCUGUGCGUGGUGGUACUUGUGGUUGCUGCAGUCCUGGGUGUCCUAGGACUUUUUCCUGGACUCUGCCCCCCUAGUUGGAUCACGCAUGAGAAGAGCUGUUAUCUGUUUAGCAUGUCACAAAAUUCCCGGUAUGGAAGUAAGAGAUACUGCUCCAGGCUGAGUGCUCAUCUACUGAAAAUAGACAACGCAAAGGAAUUUGAGUUCAUCGAAAGCCACACGUCUUCUCGCCGUGUGAAUGCAUUCUGGAUAGGCCUUUCCCGAAAUCAGACUGAAGGGCCGUGGUUCUGGGAGGAUGGAUCACUAUUCACUCCCAACCUGUUUGAAGUCAGAAAUACAGCCUCCCAGGAAAGUGUAGCACACAACUGUGUAUGGAUUCACGGGUCAGAGGUCUACAACCAAAUCUGCAAUAUUUCCGCAUUCAGUAUCUGUGAGAGGCAGCUGUAAAUGGAAUGUAUGUGAGAGUGUAAGGAUGGCAUACACAACAACAACAACAGAACAGGAAAGAGAAAUACUGAAAAUCAGAGAAAAUGCUAAAAUGCUAAGUGUGGGGCCCGGGUGCUGUGCCCCUGGGGAACCUGGCGUGGAGCUAGAGCAAGAUCCAGAGGUGUCCGGACAGCAAAAUUCUCAAUCUUGAGACCAGUAGAAGUAAAAAUCACUCUCUCCUUGUUCUGUGCCUGCAUGCCCCAGGGCAAGAGCCCUUCGACCCCCGCCCUUGCAAUUCUUGAGUUAGUCAUGUACCCUAGCACCUGAAUUCCUCUCCUUGCACAUAAAGCAUCCAGAGUGUAUCAGCCACAGCCAAUGAUAUACACCCACCCUGAAAACCAGUUCCUACACCCCAAAGUUCAUAUAGCCCUUUUUCCCCCCUUGAAUAAAGUGUACAUAAGCUA